AUGUCGACACCCGAUCAGCCCAGUUCCAACCCCAAGUCUUCUCCGCAAGACGACGAGAAUGGGUCGCCGGGCCAGGAGGACGGACCGGUCCGACUAACCGAGAAGGAAAAGAAGAAGAACCACAUCAUUUCAGAGCAGAAACGCCGAGAAGCCAUCCGAGCUGGAUUUGACAGGCUGUGUGAGCUAGUGCCCGGACUGGAAGGCCAGGGCCGUUCAGAGGGACAUGUUCUCCAAGAGACGGUCAAAUUUAUGCGACAGCAGCUGAUCGAGCGGCGCGAACUGGUUGACCUGGCCGUCGCUCAAGGUCAACACGUGCGUGAAAACCUGUAUGAACCACUCGAAAUACUCAAGCGGCUAGAGAAGGACGAACACGAGGAGGCGCUGUGGAAUGAUCAAAAUGGCUACGGAGCACAGGAGAACGAUCAAAGUGGAAACGCAGCACAGGGGAAAGUUCCGAAUGGGUACGGAAAUUGA